AUGUCAUCAAAUCAAGUUGAAUUUUCAAAUCAACCAGUUGUAAUUGAUAAUGGUUCAGCAAUUAUAAAAGCAGGUUUUGCAGGACAAGAUCAACCAUCUUCUAUAUUCCCAUCAUUGAUUGGAAACCCAAAGUAUAAAAAAGUAAUUGGAUCAAGUGUUGAAAAUGAUUCAUCAUAUUUCGUUGGUGAACGUAUUCAUGAUAUGCGUGGUAUAUUAAAGCUGAAGCAUCCAAUGACACAUGGUGUUGUAACUCAUUGGGAUUGUAUGGAAAGAGUUUGGAAUCAUACAUAUGAACUAUUAAAAAUUCAAUCAUCUGAACAUCCAGUAUUAUUAACAGAUGUACCAAAUAAUCCAAGACUUCAUAGGGAGAGAGCAGCAGAGCUAUUCUUUGAAACAUACAAUGCACCAGCACUCUACUUUUCGAUUCCAGCGAUUCUCAGUUUGUACGCCAGCGGUAAGACAACCGGUAUAGUUUUGGACAGCGGUGACGGUGUGACACAUGCCGUUCCGGUGUUUGAAGGUUUCGCACUGCCACACGCCAUCACUCGUAUCGAUAUCGGUGGUCGUGACAUCACCGAUCACCUCUCGUACCUGCUACGACGCGGUGGCUACAACUUUAACACCUCGGCCGAGCGCGAAGUCGUCCGCACCAUCAAGGAGAAGACAUGCUACGUCGCUUUCGACCCGCAGAAAGAAGAGGAGAUGCGUGAACUCGAUAAUACAACCAGUAGUAAACCAGUACAGACAACCUAUCAGUUGCCCGACGGCAACUUGAUCGAUCUCGGUGCAGAGAAGUUCCGUGCGCCCGAGUUGUUGUUCCACCCGGAUAUCAUCGGUGACGAAUCACCGGGUAUUCACCAGUGUAUCGAUACAUCGAUUCGCAAGUCCGACAUUGAUUUGCGUAAGACGUUGUACGCCAACAUCAUUCUGGGUGGUGGUUCGACGUUGUUCACCGGUUUCGGUGAGCGUCUUUUGCACGAGGUCAAAAAGCUGGCACCCAAGGACGUAAAGAUCAAGAUUACCGCGCCACUCGAGCGUAAAUAUUCAGCAUGGAUCGGUGGUUCUAUUUUAGCUUCACUUACCACCUUUAAAGAUCUUUGGGUAACCGCACAAGAAUACGAAGAUGAAGGUGCUUCUAUUUUGCAUAGAAAGAUAUUGUAA